AUGCCGGUGGUGUGGCGUGGGUUCGUCUUCCUGGGCGGCGUCUCCAGCGGGCAACGGUGUGGACGUGCGGAGGACGGCUCUGACAUCUACGGCAGCUUCCCCGACUUCGCUGGUGGCGAACGUACCAGUGAAGAGCACGAGCUCGUCGGAUCUGGAGUUCUGUGCCUCCUCUUGAUCUGGUCAAGUUCGCCUUUUGCCUCUCCCUCGUCUUCUCCGACGAACUCCUCUGGCGAAGAUCUUGGGAGUUGGUUCUUACCUACCACCUACUCUGGUGGUUUCAUUCCCCUUCUGGGUGUGCCGCCAUCCGGCAUGUGGGGAUUGUUGGUAGCUCUUGAGGCGCCAGAUUCCUUGUACUCCAGCGAUGUGAUGGCCGGCUGCCAUCUUUUUCGGCUUGGGCAUUCAGUGGUCACAAACUUGUGUUCAAUCGUCGGGAUGGAGGUCGGCUUCAAGCUCCAAGUUGCUCUGACCGCCGAUGACGAGGACGACCUGGAGGAUGACUAUGCAAGGACUAUGUUGUAA